AUGUCUGGGUCAGACCAUCUCUGCGCCGAUUGUCAACGACUAAGCCUUGAAGGAUUGAAAGACACAUUUGAUCUUUGUCACGAUAUCAGACCACUCUACAGAAAGGCAGAAGCAUCAGAUUCUACGCGAUGCGACAUGUGUGCUCUUGUCUGGAGGUCUUUGAGGGUCCACCGCCGAAGAAUACCACUGGAUGAGGAUACUUAUGUGACUUGGCCCGUCUCGAUGUACUCCGAACGAGCCGAUUCUUCAUUCGAGCAUGUUAGAGUCCUCGCAGCUCGUGGGGUGCCAUUUCCUAUGCGAAUUCGAAGUGGCGACUUUUGGCAUUAUGAUCUCGACGAAGAACCUGGAUUUGCUUGGGGAUCUUUGACCCUGUAUAGAGGUCCAGGGGAUUCCUGUGAUCUCGGCGGAGAAAAUUUCAGGCAUCAACUGGUAGGACAGAAUGCUGGAGCCCCGGAUUGUCUUCAUCUGGUGUCCUCAUGGGUGGAAAGUUGUGAUAAGAGCCAUGGCACAGUGUGCUUCACUGGGAAGGCCAGACAGCCAACUCGGCUUAUCGAAGUCGCCGCUGAGGACGGCUCUGCAUCCCUGAGAUUGAUAACAUCACCAGCCUACGCAGCCGAGAGAUACGUAGCGCUCAGCUACUGCUGGGGGCAAGAUCCCACGCUCCGACUCGAGAUGGACAAUAUAUCAGCGCUGCAUGAAUCUAUUAAUAUGGAGAAUCUCCCACAAACCAUCCAGGAUGCCAUAUCUCUCACGAGAUAUUUAGGCAUUCGCUAUUUAUGGGUCGACGCACUUUGCAUAAUUCAAGGACGAAACAAGACGGCCAAAGCAGAUUGGACCCGCGAAUCCAAUCGAAUGCAUGACGUUUACGGGGGUGCGUGGCUCACAAUCGUAGCCGCCGCUGGAGCAUCGUCAGAUGCAGGGUUAUUCGUGAAUAGACCAGCUCAGGAUGACUUAUUCAGCAAAGGCAUACGCAUUCCGGUAGAAUCGGGAAAGCUCGAAUGUGCGGUAUUGGGUCCUGCGCUUAAGAUCUCACCCUUUAUUACGGAACCUCUCGAAAAAAGAGGGUGGGCAUUCCAGGAGUCUAUCAUGUCCCGCAGGCUACUUAGAUACGGUACUUCGGGGAUGUCGUGGAAGUGCCAUAGUUGUGAAUACCACGAAAAUGUGACUCAGCCUCUGCAGCCGAGCAAUAUCGCAUAUUUUGCGGCAGGCCGUAAAGAGAUGGCGAGACAGUUGCAUGAGAGAUGGACACGAGUUGUGGAAUCAUACAGUGCGACACAUGUCACAUAUAAGUCCGACAGACUUCCAGCCAUUGCGGGGCUUGCUGGAAUCAUACGUGAUGAAAGUGGUAUUCCCUUUCAGCGGCGCUACCAUUUUGGUGUAUGGGAAGAUAAUCUCGUGCAACAGUUGUUGUGGAGGCAUGAAGGGUGCUUGAUCAAUGACAAAUGGGUGUAUGAGCGGCAGACCGACUAUCGUGCACCGUCUUGGUCCUGGGCUUCCGUGGAUGGCGUGGUCAACUUUUUGAGACCUGACCCUUUGGCGCCUGCAGGCAAGAUCGAAACCCUGCAUUUCAAAGGUUCCUCGCUUUUCUUUCGGGGGCAGAUGGCUUGGGCACGCAGUCUGCGACUCCAGACCAGAGCUCAAUCGACGGGGCUAGUCGAGACACAUGAACCUUGGCGACACCUGGAUGCCUAUUUCGAUACUUACCUCGACGACCUUUUAUCAAUACCAUCUGAGCACAAAAAGACGCCCCAAGACGGGCCCCAGGAAUUGAUUAAUGUUUGGCUCCUAUUCUUGAACAAAAGUCAAGGCCUCAUACUUGCCCCCUCUGUGCCCAACUCUGUGCUCAAAUUGGGAGAUUGGAAACUUGUCACGGACGCCGUGCUCAGCCGAAGGGACGCUGUGCUCGGCCGAGUCACAGGCUAUCUAAAUACUCGUAACAGUGAAUCACUCGACGGCUCAAGUAAAUUGGACUACGUAACUUCUAGGAUGCCAUUGUAUCCAAAGUUAGAAUUUCGAAGAAUUGGAGUUUUCUCAGGGUCCUUGUCUCCCAGCGUUUGGAAGACCUACACGCGUCGGGGAUGGAUUGUGUAG